GGCCUCCGCGCCCCGUCCUCCCCGCGCAUGCGCCGAGACGGUAGUAAUGGCGGCGCCCGAGGGGUCACUUAGGAGGCGGAAGGCCGGGGACUCGGACUUGGGGUCUGGGUCGCCGCCCGCGCAAGGACGUGAUGACGCUAGCUGCUCCGCCCGCCUACGCGCAGGCACCUUCUGGCUGACCAGAAUCGUGCUCCUGAGGGCCCUCGCUUUCGUCUACUCCGUGGCGUUCCUGGUGGCUCUGCAUCAGAAUAAGCAGCUGAUUGGCGACCGAGGCCUGCUGCCCUGCAGGGCAUACCUGAAGAGCGUGCAGCACUACUUCCAGGGCCAGGGUGCCUGGGGCGCUUGGAGCUAUGCACCCACCGUCAUCUGGCUGCUGGACUGGUCAGACAUGGACUUCAACCUGGACCUGCUGGCUGUGCUUGGAUUGGGCAUCUCGUGUUUUGUCCUGAUGACCGGCUGUGCCAACAUGAUCCUCAUGGCUGCUCUCUGGGGUCUCUACCUGUCCCUGGUCAAUGUGGGGCAGGUCUGGUAUUCUUUCGGCUGGGAGUCGCAGCUGCUGGAAACAGGGUUCCUGGGAAUCUUCCUGUGUCCCUGGUGGACUCUGUCCCGACUUCCCCGGCACACCCCUACGUCCCGGAUAGUGCUGUGGGGCUUCCGCUGGCUCAUCUUCAGGAUCAUGCUUGGCGCUGGCCUGGUCAAGAUCCGCGGGGACCAGUGCUGGCGAGACCUCACCUGCCUGGACUUCCACUACGAGACUCAGCCGGUGCCCAGCCCCCUGGCCUACUUCCUACAUAGGACACCCUGGUGGGUGCACCGCUUCGAGGUGCUCGGCAGCCACUUCCUGGAGCUCCUGGUGCCCUUCUUCCUGUUCCUUGGGCGACGGAUGUGCAUCCUCCACGGGGUGCUGCAGAUCCUGUUCCAGGUGGCCCUCAUCCUCAGUGGGAACGUGAGCUUUCUGAACUGGCUGACCAUCGUGCCCAGCCUCGCCUGCUUUGAUGACGCCUCUCUGGGAUUCCUGUUUCCCUCGGGGCCAGCUGGCCUGAAGGACAGAGUCCUGAGACUGCAGGAUGGAGAAGCCUCAGGGGCCCAGCCCCAACCAAGGCAUGUAGGCCGCGCGGUGCGGAGUGUGGUCCACCUCUCGCUGGGCAUCCUGGUGGCCUGCCUCAGCCUGCCCGUGGUCCUCAACCUGCUGAGCGCCAAGCAGGUCAUGAACGCCACCUUCAGCUCGCUGAGGAUCGUCAACAGCUACGGGGCCUUUGGAAGCAUCACCAAAGAGCGGACGGAGGUGAUCCUGCAGGGCACAGCGAGCCCCAACGCCAGCGCGCCCGGGGCCGUGUGGGAGGACUACGAGUUCAAGUGCAAGCCGGGCGACCCCUGGCGACGGCCGUGCCUUCUCUCUCCCUACCACUACCGGCUGGACUGGCUCAUGUGGCUUGCAGCCUUCCAGACCUACGAGCACAACGAGUGGAUCCUGCACCUGGCCGGCAAGCUGCUGGCCAACGACGCCCAGGCCCUGUCCCUGCUCGCCUCCAGCCCCUUCGAGGGCAGGGCGCCCCCCAGGUGGAUCCGAGCAGAGCACUGGCGGUACCGGUUCAGCCUCCCUGGGGGCAGGCACGCCGCGGAGGGCAAGUGGUGGGUGCGCAGGAGGAUCGGCCCGUACUUCCCCCCGCUGCGCCUCCAGGACCUGGAGGGCUACUUCAGGGAGCGCAGCUGGUCCAUCUAGAUGCAGCCGCAAUAAAGGCCAGAGACCA